UGUCAGCUGAUUUACUGCGGCGGCAACGGUGCCGGCACUGUGCAUCCUCGGUGGCGAGACCGCGGCUGGUCAGGGCUUGCGGCCCCCAAGGUUUUCCCAUCCAGAUUCGCGCACCCCACAUCCUCCUUCGCUACGCCCUCGCCGUGUCUUCCUUUGCUGGGGUGCGCACGGGUGGUCUCACAGAUCGCGGCAUGAGGUGAAGCUGUGACAGGUUUGAAAACACAAUGGCAGGAAACAGCCUUGUUCUACCCAUCGUUCUUUGGGGCCGCAAAGCACCAACACAUUGCAUCUCAGCGGUACUUUUAACAGAUGAUGGGGCCACGAUUGUAACAGGAUGCCACGAUGGACAAAUAUGUCUCUGGGAUCUUUCAGUAGAAUUGGAAGUUAAUCCUCGGGCUCUGUUAUUUGGUCAUACAGCUUCAAUCACUUGCUUAUCUAAAGCUUGUGCAUCCAGUGACAAACAGUAUAUUGUGAGUGCAUCUGAGAGUGGAGAGAUGUGCCUCUGGGAUGUGAAUGAUGGCAGAUGUAUUGAAUUUACAAAGUUAGCUUGCACACAUACUGGCAUACAGUUCUACCAAUUCUCAGUUGGAAACCAGCGGGAAGGAAGGCUUUUGUGUCAUGGACAUUACCCUGAAAUCCUGGUUGUGGAUGCUACUAGCCUCGAGGUGCUCUACUCCUUAGUAUCAAAGAUCUCACCGGACUGGAUUAGCUCCAUGAGUAUUAUUCGAUCCCACCGAACACAAGAGGACACUGUGGUGGCACUCUCGGUGACGGGCAUCCUGAAGGUGUGGAUCGUUACCUCUGAAAUAAGUGGCAUGCAGGAUACUGAGCCAAUAUUUGAGGAGGAAUCCAAACCUAUUUAUUGUCAGAAUUGCCAAAGCAUCUCCUUUUGCGCAUUCACACAAAGAUCACUUUUGGUUGUGUGCUCCAAAUACUGGAGGGUAUUUGAUGCUGGAGACUAUUCCCUGUUGUGUUCAGGUCCCAGUGAAAAUGGCCAGACGUGGACUGGAGGGGAUUUUGUAUCAGCAGAUAAAGUCAUCAUUUGGACUGAAAAUGGGCAAAGUUACAUUUACAAACUACCUGCAAGUUGUCUUCCAGCUAGUGAUUCAUUCCGCAGUGAUGUGGGGAAAGCAGUUGAAAAUCUAAUUCCUCCUGUACAAUAUAGCCUCUUGGAUCGAAAAGAUAAAGAGUUGCUUAUUUGUCCUCCUGUUACUCGGUUCUUCUAUGGGUGCCGGGAAUACGUCCAUAAACUGUUAAUUCAAGGCGAUUCCUCUGGAAGAUUAAAUAUCUGGAACAUCUCAGACAUAGCUGAUAAACAAGGUGAAGAAGAGCUGGAGAUGACAACUUCUGUUAGUUUGCAAGAGGCAUUUGAUAAGCUGAGUCCUUGUCCUGCUGGAAUUAUAGAUCAGCUGAGUGUGGUUCCCAAUAGUAAUGAACCUCUGAAAGUGACUGCAAGUGUGUACAUACCAGCACACGGGCGGCUUGUUUGUGGCCGUGAAGAUGGAAGCAUAAUUAUUGUACCUGCCACACAGACUGCCAUAGUACAGCUGUUGCAAGGGGAACACAUGCUCAGAAGAGGUUGGCCACCUCACAGAACACUCCGGGGUCAUCGGAACAAAGUCACAUGUUUGCUAUAUCCUCAUCAGGUCUCAGCUCGGUAUGACCAAAGAUACCUGAUAUCUGGAGGUGUGGAUUUUUCCGUCAUAAUUUGGGACAUAUUUUCUGGAGAAAUGAAACAUAUCUUCUGUGUUCAUGGAGGCGAGAUUACUCAACUUCUAGUUCCGCCUGAAAACUGUAGUGCGAGAGUGCAGCACUGCAUCUGCUCUGUCGCCAGUGACCACUCAGUCGGACUUCUAAGUCUGCGUGAGAAAAAGUGCAUCAUGCUGGCAUCACGUCACCUUUUCCCUAUUCAGGUCAUCAAGUGGAGGCCUUCAGAUGAUUACCUGGUAGUGGGAUGCUCAGAUGGCUCUGUGUAUGUCUGGCAAAUGGAUACUGGUGCGUUGGAUCGUUGUGUGAUGGGAAUAACAGCAGUGGAGAUACUGAGUGCUUGUGAUGAAGUGGUUCCUGCUGCCGUGGAUUCACUCAGUCACCCAGCAGUUAACCUCAAACAAGCUAUGACAAGACGUAGUCUCGCCGCCCUCAAAAAUAUGGCCCAUCAUAAGCUUCAAACCCUGGCAACAAACCUCUUGGCUUCUGAAGCAUCUGACAAGGGGAAUUUACCUAAAUAUUCUCAUAACUCCCUGAUGGUUCAAGCAAUAAAGACAAACCUAACAGAUCCGGACAUACACGUGCUUUUCUUUGAUGUGGAAGCGUUGAUUAUUCAACUCCUGACUGAAGAAGCCUCUAGGCCGAACACUGCGCUUAUUUCCCCGGAGAAUUUGCAAAAAGCAUCUGGCAGUUCAGACAAAGGGGGCUCUUUUCUAACUGGAAAACGAGCAGCAGUUCUCUUCCAACAAGUGAAAGAAACUAUCAAAGAAAACAUAAAGGAACACCUCCUUGAUGAUGAAGAGGAGGAUGAAGAGAUAAUGAGACAGAGAAGAGAAGAAAGUGAUCCCGAGUACCGGGCCAGCAAAUCGAAGCCAUUGACUCUCUUAGAGUAUAAUUUAACAAUGGACACGGCAAAACUGUUCAUGUCCUGCCUUCAUGCCUGGGGUUUGAAUGAAGUUCUGGAUGAAGUUUGCCUCGAUCGCCUUGGAAUGCUGAAACCCCACUGCACAGUAUCAUUUGGCCUCUUAUCAAGAGGAGGCCAUAUGUCACUGAUGCUUCCUGGUUAUAAUCAGUCUGCUUUUAAACCACCACAUGGGAAAGCAGAAGCAGGAAGGAAGCUUCCAGCAACAGAGGGCGUAGGAAAGGGAACUUACGGAGUGUCCCGAGCCGUCACCACACAGCACCUCCUGUCGAUCAUAUCUUUGGCAAAUACUUUAAUGAGUAUGACCAAUGCAACCUUUAUUGGGGAUCAUAUGAAGAAGGGCCCUACCAGGCCACCUAGACCAAGCACCCCAGACCUUUCUAAGGCAAGGGGUUCCCCUCCAACUUCCAGUAAUAUUGUGCAAGGACAGAUUAAACAAGGAUGGAGUCAGUUAGCUGCUAUGCAUUGUGUUAUGCUGCCCGACCUGCUGGGACUGGAUAAAUUUAGGCCUCCACUUCUAGAGAUGCUGGCUCGCAGAUGGCAGGAUCGAUGCUUGGAGGUAAGAGAAGCUGCACAAGCCCUUCUUCUAGCAGAACUGAGAAGAAUUGAACAGGCAGGACGGAAAGAAGCCAUCGAUGCCUGGGCUCCUUAUUUACCUCAGUAUAUGGACCAUGUCAUAUCACCCGGGGUCACAGCAGAAGCCAUGCAGACUAUCUCCACUGCUCCCGACGCCUCAGGCCCUGAAGCCAAAGUCCAGGAGGAAGAGCAUGACCUUGUGGAUGAUGACAUCACCACGGGUUGUUUAUCAAGUAUGCCCCAAAUGAAAAAAAUUUCCACAUCUUAUGAAGAAAGACGCAAGCAAGCUACUGCUAUCGUUUUGCUAGGAGUAAUAGGAGCUGAAUUUGGUGCUGAAAUUGAACCUCCGAAACUAUUGACCAGACCUCGAAGCUCUAGUCAGAUUCCUGAAGGAUUUGGUUUGACCAGUGGUGGAUCCAACUACUCCCUGGCCAGACAUACUUGCAAGGCCCUGACAUUUCUUCUGCUACAGCCACCGAGCCCCAAACUUCCCGCACACAGCACUAUCCGGAGAACAGCCAUUGAUCUGAUUGGACGAGGCUUCACGGUUUGGGAGCCUUACAUGGACGUGUCUGCUGUUCUGAUGGGGCUUCUCGAACUUUGUGCUGAUGCUGAAAAGCAGCUUGCCAACAUCACAAUGGGGCUGCCUCUGAGCCCAGCAGCUGACUCCGCCCGCUCUGCGAGGCAUGCCCUCUCGCUCAUUGCCACUGCCAGACCACCCGCCUUCAUCACUACCAUAGCCAAAGAGGUGCACAGACAUACAGCUCUUGCAGCAAAUACCCAAUCACAACAGAAUAUGCACACCACAACUCUUGCACGAGCUAAAGGGGAAAUCCUGAGAGUCAUUGAAAUUCUAAUUGAAAAGAUGCCCACAGAUGUUGUGGAUCUUCUUGUGGAGGUUAUGGACAUCAUUAUGUACUGCCUUGAAGGAUCUUUAGUUAAAAAGAAAGGUCUUCAGGAGUGUUUCCCAGCCAUCUGCAGGUUCUACAUGGUCAGCUAUUACGAGCGGAAUCACAGAAUAGCAGUGGGGGCGCGGCAUGGUUCAGUGGCCCUGUACGACAUCCGGACUGGAAAAUGUCAGACCAUCCAUGGACACAAGGGACCAAUCACUGCAGUGGCCUUUGCUCCUGAUGGACGAUACCUGGCCACCUACUCCAACACUGACAGCCACAUUUCCUUCUGGCAGAUGAACACGUCACUCCUGGGAAGCAUCGGCAUGCUGAACUCGGCCCCUCAGCUGCGCUGCAUCAAAACGUACCAGGUGCCCCCCGUACAGCCGGCCUCCCCCGGCUCCCACAACGCCCUCAAGCUGGCCCGGCUCAUCUGGACUUCCAACCGCAACGUCAUCCUCAUGGCCCACGACGGGAAGGAGCACCGCUUCAUGGUCUAGAGCUGCUGUCUGCUGCCCUACGUGAUUUUAGUUCCCUGCAUUGUCUAGGCUCUGUCCUUGCAGGGGAUCAUUCUUCGGGGCUACUUAGGUCGUGCAGGGGCGUGGCCAGGUCUCUGUCAUUUGUGCAUGCUUCUCGGGGGAGGGGGGCCGACUCCCACACGUGCCACCUAUCGAUUCAGAGGCGUGCACACUGCUCUCCAGGAUGUGGCCACUCUGUCACUAGGUAGUUUUUCCCUGCCAGUGAGGGGAGGGGAAAGCCGGCGGUUCCUGGGAACGCUCUUGUUGCUGGGUGCAACAGAAGCCCAAAAAUCAAUAAGCACUGUGAUUGCACUCCCAGCCCCAAUCAGUGUUUCACGAAACCCCAGCUCUGAAGCGCUGGCUGCAUCCGGCGUUCUGACACUGCGUGUCGCGGUGAUACGGCAAGCCUCGUUAUUGAAAUUAUUCCCCUUUGACUUUCCUAAAGCAUACCACUGUUUACCAGAAAGAUCCUCUGUUUACGUGGCUCUUUGCUUCUGGUGAUUGCUAGGAAAUCCCUCAAUCCAGUUGGCUAGGGUUUAGCCACCACCUUCUCUGUUAAUACCUAACUGAUUUCAGUUAAUGAGAAAAUGCACGCAAAAAUUGUUUUUCCUUGUAGAAAAUACAGUUUUCUACACUCUUAGCCUUCUGAAGUGUUCACGUCUUGCUUAGAUGUCAGUAUACUUAGUAGCUUAAAAUAAGACUCAGCAUCACUUAUAAAAUACUUAAUUAUCCAGGCACUAUCACUGAUCUCGCGAAGGUACCCUUGUGAUAAAGGAGCCAGUUUGGAGGCGCAGCACAGCCCUAAAAUGAAGACCCUUCUGAUUCUUUGCUGCAGAUCUUUUUGAUUAAAAGGAGCGCUCCCCUUCCCUACAGAAACCCGACAAAGCUGCACUUCCCACAUGUAUGACAUAUGUCAGUUAUCAUGUAAUAAUUACAGUUCAGCCUUCCAACUACUACUGGUCAAUUAAGGAAAAACCAAGAAGGCAUUUCUUUUUAAACAAGUAUCCUAGAGGUUUAAUAACUUUGGCGCAGUGUCUUGUAUAUGCAGUUUAUUUAUAUACAGGAGUGUAUAUAAAAAUGUACGGGCUCUCGAUUUGUUUGCACAAACAUUGCAAUGAGAGUGUUCGUCACACUUCAAAGUAAGCUUCCACUAGAUCACUUUCUUCUUAUGUCAAAUUAUGCUGGUUCUUGCUUAUAGUCAUGGGAGAAAAUCCAUAAAGUAAUGUUUUGUAUGAAAUGCUCCUCACAAGCCUUCGUCUGUACAUAGUUGGGGGUUUUGUAGGUUGGCUGGUUGUUGAUUGGUUGGUUAGUUGGGAGAACUGGCUUACUAAAAUCAGAGGAAGUUUGCAAAGUUUACAGAGGAAGCAAGACGAUAAUGGAAGCAGUUAAUCAGAAAAGCGUAGCUUGUCAGAGUUCAUGCAAUAUACAGAAAAGUAGGAUCAGGGUCCAGGAGCAAAUACAUCUGUUAUUUUACUGAAACCAAUUUUUAAGGAACAUAUUAAGAGAUUAAUAUAAGUAGAAUGUCUUUUUCAUAUGAAUAUGGAAUAUGUUAUUUCUGUUGAUGGCUGAUCUGUCCUAAGCCCUUGGUUUUAGACAUCGGGUAUUCUUUCAAAAAUGAAUGUAUGCCACAUGCAUGUACAGCGUAUUGAUACAGAUUAUCCAUGUAGUUUCCAAGGAAGAAGCAGACAGCUCUCCAGCAUGGACUUCAUCUGUUCGGUGAACAUGCUGCCAUGUUUGGGGUAGCCAGAGCCACGGGAGGUGGACCAAAAGGGGCACUUGGUUUCUCCAGCCAGCUCCUGAGUCUUCUCUAUACUCAACACGUGUUUACUUUGUGGACUUAAAUGGAAACUAAUUUAUUCUAAAUGACAAAACUACUUGGAAUACGAGGUAAACGUAUUAGAGUUGCAUUGGUUUUUUAACAAAAUGAUCUAUAGGUGAGGAGAAAGGUGUGGGAUGGGCAGGCCACCACAGACACACAGGUGGCGCCCCCUUAGCAACUAAGAACAAAGCUGUGAGGACCCAAGGAGCAAAACCCUAGACGCGGGGCAUGGAUUCUGUCUGCACUGACGGCCAAAAUGAUGGGCGGGUGAGCGGGCCAUCUCUGCAGCGCCUGGUGUUUGACGGCUAGACGGGCUCCUCUCGCUCGGAGACGAGUGUCUGCAUUGUUGUUGACAUCGGUCUCUCCAUGGCUCUUUUGACAAGUGCAGUCCCAAACUUCCUGCCAGCUUAGAUUUCUCAGCACUGACAUAAACUUCGUAUUGUCAUCCUUGUGCACACUGUUAGUGUUCUAUUGAUUUCAUUGGCGCUGUAUUUGGCCCUGUCCUUGUAAAUGUAGACAUACGUGGCUUCAGUGGUAAUUUACAAGCAAAAGAUGACAAUGACGUGACACCUGUAUGAAAAUGUUGCUAUGAUUGAACUCACUGUGUACAGCAAGUAAAUUAAAAUGUCUGCCUUUCGAGACAUUUCUAGAUGAUUCCACUUAAUAGAUUCUAUGUGUACUGAAUGUCCCUGUGUACAUACGUGUGGUAAAUAAAAAAGAAUUGUACUGCA